AUGAUUGAACGCCAGAAGUCUUAUGGAGCACCUCACCCAGGACUCAGUGACACGAGGAACAGUGAAAUACCUGGGAAGAGGCGCAAUUAUGGGAAACGUCAGACUCAAGGAUAGCUCCGUUGGUCUUCAUCUGAACCUUGAACAUCCUUGCACAUCAGCACAGUACGUUACAAUCUACGGCACCAAACUACUAACCUAAUCUAUAUCUCCCGAAUUGUAAUUGUAGACGCUUGAAUAUGUAAAGUAAAUAUAUUUAGUUCUGCCUGAAUCCUACUGUAAAUGAAUCUUGAUUUUGGUAUAAGAUAUCUUGAUCUGGCCUUCCCUGUCUUACCCUACCCUGCUCUUCACUCUUCCUUAGCCAUACGGUAACCUUACGUUAUGUCCAUCCACUUUACCCUAUCCUAACCUAUAAUAUCGCCUCUCUACCGUACGAACAGUAUAAAAUCGGAAGCUUAUAAAAGCCCACACAUGUAGCCAAAGUUAAAUAAACUGUCAUUUUUAAGUACUUUUGUAAUCCUUGUCGUGUCAUAACAAUAUUGUCUCAAUUAUCCGCAAAAAAAACAACUUAAAAAAGGUUGAAAAAAAGGCUAUAUCAAAGUAAAAAUGAAAUGUGAACUUUUGUAAACAUAAGCCCCGCAAGGCUGUAAAGUAAAAAAAAAAACCAACUUGACCCAUUAACUCUGCCACUUUUUUAAUUUCGUAUUCUAGACUUUACUCUAGAGUCUUUGUGUUUACAAUUAUGUUUUGGCUUAAGGUCAUUUAGUUGCGGUCUAAAUUAAGCCCCGAGCUCAAUGACAUGUGCCUGUCACAAACUUUUCUUUCUUAUCUUGAGUGUGUUAUUUUUGGGGAUGGAUUCUCAUCAUGUUAUUGGAUUGUAGAUUGAUUUGAGAUAAAAGUAAUUUGGCUAGUUGUAUGAUAUGAGUUCGUAAUGUAAGUUUACUGUAUUAGUAAGACUUGUCUGUGUAGAUAGACGGUAAAAAACGGUUGUGGUAAAGUAGAAGCUAGAUUGUCUGUUGUAGAGGUCGAAUAAAGUAUAAAAAGUAAACUUUAAUAGGAUGUAGUAUCUUAGUUAUAGUAGGGCUGGAGUAGACUACAUAUGAACUGAGACAGAAAAAGAUAGCAAUGCUAAAAUGAAGCUACAGUAUUCUUGUAGGAGGUAUGGCCAUGGUUUGAUAAAGGAUAGGUAACUCUUCUGUAGAACACGGCAGUGCAAGGCAAGGCAAGGCAAGGCAAGGCAAGGAAAGGCAAGACAAAGCAAGGCAAGGCAAGGCAAGGCAAGGCAAGGCAAGGCAAGGCAAGGAAAGGCAAGGCAAGGCCAGGGCAAGGCCAGGGCAAGGCCAGGGCAAGGCCAGGGCAAGGCCAGGGCAAGGCCAGGGCAAGGCCAGGGCAAGGCCAGGGCAAGGCCAGGGCAAGGCCAGGGCAAGGCCAGGGCAAGGCCAGGGCAAGGCCAGGGCAAGGCCAGGGCAAGGCCAGGGCAAGGCCAGGGCAAGGCCAGGGCAAGGCCAGGGCAAGGCCAGGGCAAGGCCAGGGCAAGGCCAGGGCAAAGCAGGGCAAGGCCAAGGCAAGGCCAGGGCAAGGCCAGGGCAAGGUCAGGGCAAGGCCAGGUGA